GUAAUAGACGCGUGUGCAUCGUUGUUGAAAGAAAGCAACGAGGAGGUAUCUGAACUGGUAUUGCAUAAAGUAAUAUACGUAUUGGAUACGUUGUGUUGGAGUGAUGACGAACUGGAUAUUGACAAUAUCGCGGCGCAAUUGGUUUGUUUAGCAUUCGGUUAUUAUGCACUUAUUUUUGAUGAUAUUCUGGUGGAUGUGUUCAGAGAGGCUGAGCUAUAA